UCAAUCCAUUGAAUCGUCCAGCCUCCACGCCCUUCCGGACAGGACCAUGUGCGGUCAAUUCGCAGUCCUGUCCCCAUGACGCUGUCUCGAAAAGUGGCCCGACUAACGAUGUCGAUCAUCAAUAGAUCCGGGUCCAGAGCCACGUCUAACACAGAAAUUCUCCGACCGGACCUCGCCUAUAAAAGAUCUGCUCGACCUUCUUGCUGUGAGUUCCGUCAAUCUCUCCCUCUCUAUCUCUCUCUCUCCAUUCGGUGUGCGGCGACACAUACGACUUGAUCGUCAUGGGGUUCUUCGGGAAAAAUCAGACGGCCCUCACGGUUUUUGACGAUGAUAUCCAGCCUGCGCCGACGGCCGAUCCGGAGAAGCAGACCCUGUCCCACAACGAGAGCCAGACCGCACUCCCGAAAAUGCCCCCCGCCGCGGUCUUCAUCGACCCCGAGAUCGAGAAACGCGUGCUGCGCAAGCUGGACUGGCGCGUUCCCACGCUCCUGGGAUUUUUAUAUUUACUCUCCCUGCUCGACCGGAGUAAUAUUGGAAAUGCCAAAAUCGCCGGCAUGAAGGAGGACCUCCAAUUAGACAGCCAACGCUACUCCUGGCUGCUCACCAUCUUUUACAUCGCGUACACCGUCUUCGAGUUUGCCGCGCUCAUGUGGAAGGUGAUGCCACCGCACCAGUGGGCCGCGAUCACUGUGAUGGCCUGGGGAAUUGUCGCAACUUGUCAAGCCGCCGCCUUCAAUUGGGAGAGCAUGAUGGCCCUGCGCUUCCUGCUGGGCAUGGCCGAGGCCGCCUUCGGACCCGGGACUCCCUACCUGCUGUCCUUCUUCUACCGCCGCCAUGAGCUGGGCCUCCGCUGCGGCAUGUUCGUGUCCGCUGCGCCGUUGGCAAACACCUUCGCCGGCGCCCUCGCCUAUGGCAUCACCUCGGGCCACUCCAAGCUGGCCAACUGGCGCCUGCUUUUCCUUGUCGAGGGCUGCCCGUCCCUGAUCGCCGCCGUUAUUGCCUGGUACUUCCUGCCCGACCACCCGUCGACCGCGCGGUUCCUGACCGAGGAGGAGAAGGAGGUCGCACGGGCGCGGGGCAUGCGGCGCAGCGGCGAGGGCGAGCGGUCAACGGGGAUCGACUGGCGGGAUGUGGGACGGACGGUGCUGGACGCCAAGGCCUGGUUGACGGCGCUGAUGUACUUUAGCUGCAACGUCAGCUUCUCCUCGCUGCCCGUCUUCCUCCCCACCAUCCUGGAGGAGAUGGGCUUCAGCUCGAUCGACGCCCAGGGUCUCACGGCCCCGCCCUAUUUCGCCUCCUUCCUCGUGACCCUCGCGACGACGUGGCUCGCUGACCGAUUCCAGCAGCGCGGCCUCACGAUUGCCGUCUGUUCCGUGGUGGGGGCGGUGGGCUACACGUUGCUGGCGACGAGCCUGUCCGUGGGGGUGCGGUAUCUGGGGGUGUUCCUCGCCGCGGCUGGCGUGUUUCCCUGCAUCGCGAACAUCCUCCCAUGGGUGCUGAACAACCAAGGCUCUGACACGCGCCGCGGCGUAGGCAUUGUCAUCCUCAACCUCCUCGGCCAGUGCGGCCCUUUCCUCGGAACCAACAUAUUCCCGGACAGCGACGCCCCGCGGUACAUCCGCGGCCAGGCCAUCUGCGCGGCCUUUAUGUACUUCACGACCCUCCUCGCGCUCGGGCUGCGGGUGCUCCUGAUGUGGGAGAAUCGGCGGCUGGAUCAACAGCAUGGGACCAAGGCCGAGCGCGAGGCCCGGGGGGGACCGGCGCAUGACGAUACAGUGGGGGAGGAGAACUACGGGGCUGGAUUCCGAUAUGUGUUAAUAAUUGAACUCAACGGAAUCCGCUUCUCCAUAACAGACCUCACCCCACCAACAACCCGUCUCCUCCCCACAAUCUACCAAGACCGCGCCCCCAUAUCCCUCUACGACGCCCAAUAUCCAGACCAGCCCAGCGGUAGCAAUACCCGCCGCCCCAUCCCCGACCCGACAAUAACCAGCGUCAUCACCCACCUCAAACACUUCCAACGCACUUGCUCCGAUUUCGACGUCCACACCGCAAACAUCCACAUCCUCGCAACAGAAGCAACCCGCACGGCGCCCAACUCGGCUGACUUCCGCGCGCGCAUCAACGCCGCUACCGGCUGGACCGUGCGACUGCUCUCUAAAGAAGAGGAAGGCCGGAUCGGCGCGCUGGGCAUAGCGAGUAGUGGGGCCCGCAUUGCUGGUUUGGCGAUGGAUUUGGGAGGGGGGAGUACGCAGUUGACGUGGGUGGUUGAGCAGGAUGGUGAGGUGCGUACUUGUCCUGCUGGGGCGGUUAGUUUCCCUUAUGGUGCGGCUGCGUUGAUGAGGAGGUUGGGUGAGGGUGAGGAGAACGUUGUUGAUGAGGGCAAGGAAAAGAAGGAGAAAAAGAAAGACAAGAAGAAAGAGGAAGAGAAAAGAAGUGGAUCUGGGGCGGCGAGGAAGCAAUUGCUGGAGGAAAUGCGCUGCGCUUUUCGCGAGGCGUAUGUCCAGCUCGGUCUGUCUGAAUCGUCGGUAAUGGAGAUCGCGCGCUCGCGCGGAUCCUUCGACUUGUAUCUCUGUGGUGGAGGGUUUCGUGGUUGGGGCUACGUGCUCAUGAAACAGGCGGCUGUGGAUCCGUACCCGAUACCCAUUAUCAAUGGGUUUAGGGUCCAGCGGGGAGCGUUCCACGAUACUAUCUCCGUGUUGGACGAGGUCGGGUAUGAGAACGAAGAAGACGAUGAAGCUUCCACCUCCCCACUACCCAAUAAAACAAAACCCAGCAAAGACAAAAAAAAGAAAAAGCAAGACAAAGAGAACCAAAAAGACACGCCCAAAAUCUUCGGCGUCUCCAAACGCCGCGCAUCCCAAAUUCCCGCCGUCGCCCUCCUCGUCAACGCCAUCAUGGACGCCCUCCCCUCAAUCACCCACAUCCAAUUCAGCCAAGGCGGCGUCCGCGAGGGUUUCCUCUUCGACAAGAUCCCUGCCGACGUGCGCGCUCAAAGCCCCCUCCUCGCAGCUACAGCAGCUCACGCACCUCCAGACGCGGAGGCUAUCUCUUCGCUCCUGCGCAGUGCACUACCCACGACUGCGUCUCCCACAGACGAGCACGCCGUGCCGGCGUCUAUUUUGGGCCUGCUCCCACGUGCAGUGGCCAACAUGAUGUUCGCGCAUGCGGCUGUUCCGCGCGAGUCGCGAUCCGCUGCUGCGGUGCGGUGCACGACGUCGGGUGUGUUAGCUUCUGCGGGGUGUCUUUCGCACGAGGAGCGCGCGCUUCUUGCGCUGGUGCUGUGUGAGCGUUGGGCGGGUGACCUUGCGGCUGCGGAUGAGGCGUUUAGGGGUUUGUCGGGGAGGUGUGUGUCGCGUGAGGAGGCCUGGUGGGCGCGGUAUUUGGGCCGUGUGGCUGCUAUUGUUGGGGAUGUGUAUCCUGCUGGGCGGGUAAAUGGUGAGCGGGUGAGGAUCGAUACAGAGUGGGAGGUUAUUGUUAAGAAGAAGGGUCGGGUUGAUGUGUUGGUGGUGAAGGUUACGUGUGAGGAUGGGGUCGUGGGUGGUGGUGGGGAGAGACUGGAGAAGUUGGGCAAGAAGAAGAAUUGGGAGGGGGGGUAUGGGGUGAAGAUUGGGGUUGUCUUUGGGUGA